AAAUAAUUUGAGCUAAGGCACCCUGCAAAUCACAUAAAAUAUGGCUGUCCCCACCGGAAAACAAGGUCUCAGAGGAACGUUCGAUUCCUGGAACAACGACAGCAAAAAAGUUACCACCCUUGAAUCUAACCACAGACAGUCGGUAUCGGAGCACCUGACCACGUUCAGGACCACAAAAGAAACCCAGAACAAUACCCAGUCUGCCCUGCAGAACAUGUUUAAGCAACAGACUGCCACCAACGGCAACAAGAGAACCACUUCCGGGACCGGCAACACUUCUUCCAACACUUCUGGUUUGAACAAAGCCAACGAAAAAUGUUUCUGUGGCAAACAACACAGUGGUGGUAGAAGAGAGUGCAGCUGGUUCUGUUAAACUCAUCGCAAGACUUGGCACCAUCACGUGACGUCAUCACGUGACGUCAUCGCGUGACGUUGUAACGUGACGUCAUGCGUGCAGCACGGCUUGGUUUUGCGUUUGUGCUUCUAUGUAUUUUACCACACUUUGUGUACGUUAUCACGGGAAUUAAGACAUUUCACAAUGUUUGUGGUUAUAACAAAUUUGAUGGUGUCAUCGGUUAAAUUUUUUUUCUCUCUCAGAAGAGACCUUAUGAAAUAUUUCCCAUAAAGGGACUUGAAUAAACAAUCAUUAAAUAAAUGUUUAUGUCGUUAUUAUGAAUCAGAUCCAACGAAUAGAAUAACAGAGUUGAAUCGAGCAUAUAGUUAUUUUUUGUAUCGCAUGGUUUAAAUGUAAUAAUUUUCAGUUUUCAGCUAAAUUAGUAGCCACGUAUUAUUCUGUGUACUUGGGGGCCAUGUGAUGUAAUUUUAAGUGUACCCUCGUCCCUCAUAUGCAAAGUAACAUUUUCAAUUUUGUAAAUGAUCUGCAAUUUUAACAGGGCACUUUUAGGGUGACUUACCUUUAAUGUUUAAGAGCUUUAAGUUUAGGUUGUGACCUAUAAUAGUUGUGACCACUUAUCACUCAAGAAACUUCUCAAAAAGCAGCUUUCAUUGUAGUGGUCCCCAAUUUCAAUGAACAAAUGUAAUGAUAUUUUUGAUCAUCUUAUUAUCA